UUUCUUGUUGGUUCUGACCUUCUAAAAGUUCAAAUCUUUUCUGGACUGAACUCCAAGUUUUGAAUUCAAAUUCAUUAGAACUUACCCAAAAUUUGAUUUGUGAAUGUUUUGUUGUGUGUAAAGUGUAAAGUGGGUUUCUGAUGGAGCCGAAUUGGGGACUCAAGAAUUGCUGUAACCAUGAGCAAGUGGUGUUUCUCAUUACUGUUUCUGUCUGCACCGUUGUUAUACUUGCGCUUUGGAGGACAAUACUGCUGAGACCGUUUAAGCUUGUAACUGUGUUUCUUCAUGAGGCUAGCCAUGCCAUUGCUUGUAAACUAACAUGUGGUCAUGUGGAAGGGAUUCAAGUUCAUGCAGAUGAAGGUGGAACCACACAAACCCGUGGUGGUGUAUACUGGUUAAUUCUGCCAGCUGGAUAUCUAGGUUCAUCCUUUUGGGGGAUGCUCUUGAUUCUUGCAUCUACAAAUAUCCUUACAGCACGGAUAGCCGCUGGAUGUUUUCUAGCUGCUCUAUUUAUUACACUCUUUAUAGCUAAAAAUUGGACACUUCGAGGACUUUGUAUAGGAUUCAUUCUUUUCCUUGGUGUAAUUUGGGCUCUGCAAGAAACAACAAAAGUUCGUAUACUUCGGUAUAUUAUUCUGUUUAUAGGUGUAAUGAACAGCUUAUUUUCGGUUUAUGAUAUCUAUGAUGAUCUGAUAUCCCGUAGAGUUCAUUCUAGUGAUGCUGAGAAGUUUGCAGAAGAGUGUCCUUGCUGUACUGGUUGUGGAUGGGGUGUCAUAUGGGGCUUAAUAUCUUUCUUGUUUCUCUGUGGAGCCAUGUACCUUGGUCUUGUGAUUUUGGCUUGAGGAUACAAUAAUGUGCUGAACAAGAUUCAAUCGCUGGAAUGACCUGAUACCAAUUUGUCUGUGGCUUUGACAUACCAUCUCUGGAGUACCUUCUCAUUUUUAUCAAGGAGAUUUUCUGAUCAUCUUAACUCCUGUAAAAUCAUUUUUUUCAACAUUAUGGAGCUCACAUAUCUCAUUUAUGACAACAAAUUUUGUUUA